GCGGGAGUUAUCCAUCCUUGAAGGCACGGGCGGGAAGCUAGUCAUCUCUGUGUUUGUUUCAAUUCCAAUUUUAACGUAUCUCCCGGAGGACACAAGGGCGGGAAUUUUCUGAGGCCGCACGAAAAAGAAGAAAGGUGAUUGAUGCAAGCCCGCGCAAAAUUCAUUGUGGGGCGGCGAGGCGCGAUUUGUUCCUGCCAAAACUUUGAUUUCACCAUUCGACGGAAUAUUGCAACCACAAGCAUUAUUCCGCGGGAUCAGCCGACUGCACGGCACUGCAGUCCGAAUCGUCGGAAACGGCAGCUGGCCAUCGAUCGAAUGUAAGAAUUGCCGCCGCAGAACGAACAGCUAAGAGUUAGGAGGUAGAGGGAGAAGAGAAGAGAAGAGGAGAAGAAGUUGAAGUGGAACAAGCCAAGGUUGGACAAAUAGACGCAAGGAUGCUGUGGAGCAGCCUCGAAAGUGUCUUGUCCGCUAUUCGGGCAUUUGUUCCACAAUUAUCCCCAGGGAAACACAAAGGCCAGGCAGGCAAGAUAGCUGUUGUGGGAGGUUGCAGGGAAUACACCGGGGCUCCAUAUUUUGCAGCAAUAUCUGCACUAAAGCUCGGAGCUGACCUUUCACAUGUCUUCUGUACCAAAGAUGCGGGACCGGUGAUUAAGAGCUACAGUCCAGAGCUGAUUGUGCACCCUGUACUGAAGGAAUCGUACGAUGCCAAGUUCAAUGAUCAGGCGGAGAGGACAGAUGUCAUCGCCCGAGUUGUUCAUGAUGUUCUACAGUGGCUUCCCAGAUUUGACUGUCUUGUUGUGGGGCCGGGAUUGGGCAGGGACUCUCUUGUUAUGGAUUCAGUGGAGAAGAUCAUCCAGCAUGCUCGGGCACAAAAUGUCCCCGUGGUCAUUGAUGGAGAUGGUCUGUUCCUGGUGACCAACAAGCCUGAGCUGGUGCAAGGCUACCCUCUGGCAAUUCUUACUCCUAAUGUAAAUGAGCAUAGGCGACUUGUUGCAAAAGUGCUUGGCAACGGCAAUGGACAGGAUGUGGGCAUCCCAGACAUUCUAAGCGAUAGCAAUCCAAGUUCGCAAUUGAUACUUCUCGCUGAGAGAUUGGGCCACAUAACAAUUGUACAAAAAGGGCCAACGGAUCACAUCAGCGAUGGCCACUCAGUCCUGGACUGUGGAAUGUUUGGCAGCCCAAGAAGGUGUGGUGGUCAGGGUGAUGUGUUAUCAGGCAGCAUUGCAGUCUUCAUGGCCUGGGCAAAUGACUUCAGCAAACAGGAUGAUAAGCAUGCCAAGCAACUUGUUGAACAGUGUUUAUCGGGAAACCCAGCAGUAAUGGCUUCAUAUGCUGGCAGUUUGCUUUUGAGGAGGGCUGCUUCUGCAGCAUUUGCAUCACACAAACGAAGCAUGGUAACGACUGAUAUUAUACGUGAGCUUGGGGCGAGUGUGGAGGCAUUGUUUCCAGUGGAUCCCGUCGAAGAAUCGUACAAAAGCCGCUGAGCACUGAUGAUGCCUUGGGUGGUCAGUGCCAUGAAGAGUGUCUGAAGCACUGCAGAAACAUACUUGGCAUUUGGGAGCUGGUACAACAUCCGGUGUCUGUGGAGAAGAAAUAUUCGCCGGCAGUUGGAUGUGUCACAGACCAGUGGGCAGUCGCCCAUAGUACCAGAACCUCGAUACAACUUUGUUGGUUUGGCAGUUUGGCCACUCUGCUUUCAAUAGUUCACGACUAGAGAAAGUACGAUGAGCAGCGAGAAGCUCGAUGCAGUUUCGUGGCAAUCGCCCACAUUCUGCAACUAUGUGUGGUGAGGUAACAAGGUGAAGGCCAACUACGUAGUCUUCUCGCCUUUGUUGUUUCUCCCUUGAUUAGGAAACCUUUUAUCAAUCUUUUUUUCUGGCAGUCAGAUCACUCCCCAGGAGCCACCCAAUAAAUCUGGGCUCCCCGUUCUUUUUUUUUUUUUUUUUGUGGGGGGCGGGGGGCUGGGCUCCCCGUUCUUGCUCACUUUAAUGAAGAGAAUUUUGCCGC